UCAUGUAUUUUCUCGUAGAUAUGUGCGUGUUACCUUAAAGCCGUUGCCAAUUCGUACGCGGCUUUACCACGACAGCAGCUGUCUUCGGUCUCUUUAACAGGCAAAAUGGCCACUGGGAAACUGUACACGUACCCUGACAAUUUCCGGGCGUUUAAGAUCUUGAUCGCUGCUCAGUACAGCGGAGCCAAGAUUACCCUUGUGCAAGAUCCACCGAGCUUCAAGUUCGGGGAGACCAACAAGUCUCCUGAGUUCCUCAGCAAAUUUCCACUUGGAAAGGUGCCUGCCUUUGAAGGAAAUGAUGGUGUGUGCCUUUUUGAGUCCAAUGCCAUUGCAUACUAUGUCGCUAACAGCCAGCUGCGUGGAGAGGAUACCUUGAGCCAGGCUUAUGUCCAGCUGUACGUCAACUUUGCCGACAGUGAGAUUCUGCCCGCUGCUUGUAACUGGGUCUUUCCUACACUGGGAAUCAUGCAGUUCAACAAAGGAAAUACUGAACGAGCUAAAGAGGAUAUUAAGAAGGCGCUUGGUUACCUUGACGAAGUUCUUAAGACCAGGACCUUCUUGGUGGGAGAAAGAGUCACCCUGGCUGACAUCAGUGUUGCCUGCAACCUUCUGCUUUUGUACAAGAGUGUGCUAGAUCCCCAGUUCCGUGCCCCAUUCAGAAACGUUACCAGGUGGUUUACUACAGUUGUCAAUCAGCCUCAGGCCAAGGCAGUCCUAGGAGAAGUCCAGCUUUGUGAAAAGAUGGCACAGUUUGAUGCGAAGAAGUUUGCGGAGUUGUCCGGCAAGAAGGACAAGAAGAAAGAAGAGAAGGAAGCCAAGAAAGAGAGCAAGAAAGAGAGCAAAAAGGCUCAGCCCAAAGCUGCCAAGCCAGAUGAGGACGAGGAAGAGGAACGUCCACCACCCGCUCCUAAGGAGAAGAAGGACCCGUUUGCUGAUCUUCCGCCGCCCACAAUGGACAUGGACGCUUUCAAGCGCAGCUACUCCAACGAAGACACGCUGACCAAAGCAUUGCCACACUUCUGGGAGCAUUUUGAUAAGGAGAACUACUCCAUUUGGCAUGCUGAAUACUUGUUCCCCGAGCAACUGAAGCUAAUCUUCAUGAGUUGCAAUCUUGUUGGUGGUAUGUACCAGCGCCUAGAAAAGAUGAGAAAACAUGCAUUUGCCUCUGUGAUAAUCUUUGGUGAGGACAAUAACAGCACCAUAUCUGGAGUGUGGUUCUGGAGGGGACAGAACCUCAUCUUUAAGAGAAGCGAUGACUGGGAUGUUGACUACGAGUCCUACAAAUGGACCAAGCUUGAUCCAGAUGCUCCUGAAACAAAGAAAAUGGUUGAGGAAUACUUCUGCUGUGAGGGGGAAUUCGAUGGCAAAAAGGUAGCAAGUUAUAAAAUCUACAAAUGAAGUGGCUGGUUGGUGGAACAGCAGUAUGUCAAAGACUUAAAAACGACCAAACGACAAUUCAGAUAACACUGUAGGCUUUCAUACCUGCCAAAAAAAGAAGGAAACAAGAAGGACAUUUUGCUGAUUAAUUGUUGUGAAACUUGGCCAUCCAGAGUUAUUUAAGUUACUGAGGUUUUUAUUUGGUGGAGCCUAGCAAUAUCCAUUGUUGACAGUUACUGACAUGCAGUGAAAACUGUUUAAGCAGACUCAUCAUUUAUAAGUAUGCCAUUUCAGGUUUAUCCUGCAAACGAUCUUGACCAUGUUGCACUAACCUGUUAUUCUUUCCUAUUCUAUUCUUUUCUCUUCACUUUGAUGUAGUACUACUAAAGAAAAAAGAGGGUGAUUUGGUCGUUCUGAAAAAAGUCUUUAAAGUUAUUUCAUUAGUUGUUCUCUGCAUGUAGCAAUAAAGGUAUUAGUGGUGAAUUUUAACAAUCUAUAUCAUUUUCUGAUUAAUUUUCAAAAACUAUAUUUAAAAAAGUGAGAACAGUAUAUGAAUGUUCUUACUGUGAGUGAGAAUGUUAGGAUUUUUGUGUCAACCUUGCCUUUUCACUUGUGAAAAAGUAUGUCAAACAAAAAAUUAAUUUGCAUUUAUGAAUUUCGGUUGUACCAAGUACAUACAUAUUUAACCAUCAGAAAAAUACUUCAAGAUUUUGAUAAACCUGAUGAAAGUCGAAUUUAUUUUCUUGGGCUCUCUGUCCAAAGCUUGCUUACUUUACUUUGAUUGGCAACGAAACAUGUAGUUUUGUUGCAGCUACAUUUUCGUAAAAUUGAGUUCUAAUUUCUGAACGUUUGUCACAUCUUUGCAGGUUGCAGAACAAAGACUGGUCAAAAUGUAUUUACUUUGAUGUGUCUUACGACCUCGUUCACUAUUUCUUUGGGAAAUCUAGACCAAGGAAGCUAAAUCACUGUGGACUGUGUUGCCAUUUGAUAAUUUACUUUAAUUAUUUAAUUAAUUUAAAGACAUGCUUGAGAAUCUCACUUUAUGGAAUAAAAUUUAUCUGGAUUGUCGUUUGUUUUCACCUUAACAUUAGCAGUCAUCUGUUGGAACCAGUCGGUAUGCAGGAAUAAAGCAGUAACAAAAGAUACUUAUUCAUUACAA